AAAAGAAUUCCUAAUAAUAAUUACUACAGUAGAAAAAAAAAAUUCCCAUAAAAUUAGCAAAAUUAAAUUUUCUGGAGCUAUAAAUAAGCUUCAGCUAUUGUCUGAUAUCUCCCACUUCACACCAGAUUCACAUUUUCUCUCUCUUCUUCAGCUACUUGAUUUUACGGUAUAAAGAUAUCGAAAAAUGGCACGGAAGAAGAUCAGAGAGUACGAUUCAAAGAGGUUAAUGAAGGAGCAUUAUAAAAGAAUUGCUGGUUCUCAACUUCCCAUUAAAUCAGCUCAAAUUACAGAGUCAACCGACCUGAAUGAACUUGUUGCAAAUGAGCCAUGGCUCUCAUCUGAAAAGUUGGUUGUGAAACCCGACAUGUUGUUUGGGAAGCGUGGGAAGAGUGGCCUAGUUGCCUUGAAUUUGGACUUCGCCCAGGUCGCUGAUUUUGUAAAAGAGCGUCUUGGCAAAGAGGUGGAGAUGGGGGGAUGUAAAGGACCUAUUACAACUUUCAUUGUUGAGCCUUUUGUUCCACACAAUGAAGAGUUCUAUCUGAACAUUGUUUCAGAUAGACUUGGGAACAGCAUAAGCUUUUCAGAGUGUGGUGGGAUUGAGAUUGAAGAGAACUGGGAUAAGGUCAAAACAAUAUUUGUUCCCACGGGUAUUUCUUUUACUUCUGAAAUCUGUGCUCCUCUAGUCGCUACUCUACCUUUGGAGGUCAAAGGUGUGAUUGAGGAGUUUAUCAAAGUCAUCUUCACCCUGUUCUUAGAUCUGGACUUCACCUUCCUAGAAAUGAAUCCUUUCACAUUAGUCAACGGGAACCCCUAUCCUUUGGACAUGAGAGGCGAGCUAGAUGAUACUGCUGCCUUCAAAAAUUUCAAGAAGUGGGGUAAUAUUGAGUUCCCAUUGCCAUUUGGAAGAGUUAUGAGCCCAACAGAAAGCUUUGUUCACGGUCUAGAUGAAAAGACUAGUGCGUCUUUGAAAUUCACGGUUUUGAAUCCAAAGGGAAGGAUUUGGACCAUGGUGGCUGGAGGAGGAGCCAGUGUUAUCUAUGCGGAUACUGUGGGGGAUCUUGGUUAUGCAUCCGAGCUUGGGAACUAUGCUGAAUAUAGUGGUGCGCCCAAUGAAGAGGAGGUCUUACAGUAUGCUAGAGUUGUGAUUGAUUGUGCAACUGCUGACCCUGAUGGGCGCAAGAGAGCCCUAGUAGUUGGAGGAGGAAUCGCCAACUUUACUGAUGUUGCUGCUACUUUCAAUGGAAUAAUCCGAGCUAUGAAGGAAAAGGAAUCAAAGCUUAAAGCCGCAAGAAUGCACAUUUAUGUCAGGAGAGGAGGUCCAAAUUACCAGAAAGGUUUAGCUAAAAUGCGGAUGCUAGGAGAGGAGAUUGGAAUUCCUAUUGAGGUUUACGGACCUGAGGCAACCAUGACCGGAAUAUGCAAACAGGCCAUCGAAUGUAUCGAGGUAGCUGCUUGAUUGGAUCCGAGCAGAACUGUUCUCGUGCUCUCGUCACUCGUAUUAGUGAUACAAAUAUCAUUCAGUCCUUGCCUCGACAUGCCAGUUUCUAGCUGAUUUAGAUUUAGCGCAAAUUUGUUGAUGUUGUAUGUGUAGAUUAGUAGAGGGAAUCCAAUGAAGUUGAAGUCUACAAGAACUGUGAUCCCAGAGCUGAUUCAUUUGUUAACACAAAAGAAUGAAUAGCCUUCACUGUUGGCAGUGCAUGCUUGAACGAUAUAUAAUGCCUUUUUAGAGAAAUGGCUUGCUUUCAAUCAUCGAUGAUUGUUUUAGUUCAAAUGAAACAAGCUUAGUAACAAUAAUUAGUUACAUAAGUAUUUCAUUAAGCUUAAUGCAAUUCAAUUGAUAAUUAUUCUUCCAAA